CCAUGAAGUGACCGACCUUGGCCGCCCGCGCGAGCAUGGAGAAGGCCGGCUCCCUGCACGCCUCGGUGCCCACGCCGCCGCCGCGCCUCUACCUGCCGCGCAACUUCAGCUGCACCGCCUGCCUCUAUGGCAGCCUGGCCGAGCAAUGCAAGGGCGGCUGCAGCCCGGAGCCCGAGGCGGUGGAGGUGGAGGAGAAGAAAGCGCCCCCGCCGCCGCCCCCGACGACCCCGCCGCCGCCGCGCUCGCCCUCGCCGCCGCCCGCCUCCCCGCCGCCGCCCGCCUCGCCCUCGCAGCGCGGCAGGGAGCCCACGCUGCCCUCGGUGCCGCCCAGCCCGACCCUGCGCCGGCGAGCCAAGUCUCUGCCCACGCCAGGCGAGAGGGGCUUGCGGCCGGCCCUGCAGCAGAGCCCGUCGCGCCGCAAGACGGUGCGCUUCGCAGACUCGCUGGGCCUGGAGCUGACUGCCGUGCGCCACUUCUGCCAGGCCGACGUGCCGGGGGUGCCGCCGCCGCCCCCCCUCAGCGCCUCGCCGCCCCGCGCCAACAACGCCGCCGACCUGCUCAAGACGCGCAAGCCGCCCGCCCUCGGCGAGCUGGAGCCGGUGCUCUUCGGGCCCCCCGCGCCCCUGCUGGAGCCCCUCUUCCCGCCGCAGCCCGGCGCCACUGCCGGCUUCCUGGAGCGCGUCCGCCAGCACAAGGUCCGCCUGGAGUCGGUGCGGCCCGAAGCCUCGGCCCUGCGCGGCGCCGUGCGCGUCCUCAACCUGGCCUACGAGAAGGCCGUCUCGGUCCGCUACACCCUCAACCGCUGGCAAAGCUGCAACGAGGUGCCCGCCGCCUACCUACCGCCGCCCCCCUCCCCGGCCGCCAACGCCGACGGCAGCGGCCUCACUGACCGCUUCGCCUUCCUGCUGCCGGUGGGCGCCGGCACCACCCUGCUCGAGUUCGCCCUCCGCUACCGCGUGGCCGGCGCCGAGUACUGGGACAACAACGACGGCCACAACUACAAGCUGCGCGCCAGGCCCAGGCCCACGGCUAGCCAGGAGCCGGACGGCGGCGGCGCCUGGAUCCACUUCAUUUGA